AUGUCUGACGAAAAGGAUACCGACUAUUCGCUGGCAAAUCCAGAUACCCUCACCAAGUAUAGGGUCGCAGCUACUAUAUCGGAGAAAGUUCUUGCCGCCGUAUCCAAGUUAUGUGUUGCGGGCGAGAAGGUUGUCACUAUCUGCCAGAAAGGAGACAAGCUCAUUGAAGAAGAGGUUACUAAAGUCUACCGCACAACUAAGCUUAAGGGCUUUUCCCACCCCACGACUGUCUCUCCGGCUUCAUACGUGACACCCUAUACUCCCUUGGCAUCCGACAGCGCCGAAGCGAAUGUCGAACUUCAGGCAGGUGAACCCGUAAAGAUCCAGCUUGGUGCGCAGAUAGACGGAUUUGGUUCCAUCGUCUGUGACACAAUUAUCGUUCCGCCGAAGGAGGGAGCAGAAGAUGUCAUCACCGGUCGCUCUGCCGACUUAAUACUCGCCACGUAUUACGCCAAUGAGCUCCUCCUACGUCUCUUGGUCCCCCCUGGAUUAUUAACAGCCGGAAGUGAUGAGGAGAAGGUGAAAGCUGCUGCAGUGAAACCUCCUACUCAGACUAAGAUUACCUCUCUCUUGGACAAGGUUGCUAAGAGUUACGAGUGCAACCUGGUAGAGAGCACAACCUCCUGGUUAUUCGACCGCAAUGAUAUUGAAGGCAAGAAGAAGAUUGUGAUCGCCCCCGCAGAAGGUACUAAGGGAGAAGGUUUCCCUGAAAUAGGCGAGGUAUGGGGUGUAGAGAUGGGCUUGAGUCUGGGUUCUGGUAAAGUCAAAACGAUUGACCAGCGGGCAACGCUACUCCGCCGCACGAACAAUACAUACAUCCUGAAGUCGCAGACCGCACGCAAGACGUUGUCUACUAUCCAGAGCAAAUUUGGUCACUUCCCUUUCAGCUUGAGACAACUCGAGGAGGAAGGUGGAGAUACCAAGUACAAGGUCGGAGUGUACGAAGGCGUUCGUCAAGGCGUGCUACGACAGUAUGAGCUGGUUGGUGACAAGGAUAGCGCCCAAGUGGCCCGAUUAUUAACUACGCUCGCCGUUACCAAAAAUGGUAUUACGAAACUCGGUGCGCCACCCGCACUAGAUCUAAGCAAGUUCCAGACGGAUAAGAAGAUUACCGAUGAGGAGAUUCUCAAGAUCCUAGAGCAGCCCCUGAGCAAGAAUAAGGGAAAGAGCAAGAACAAGAAGAAGAAGAAGCCCGCAAAGAAGGCCGCUAAGGCGAAGGAUGGAGACGCCGAGGAGAGCGAGGAUGAGAGCGAGGAGUAG